CUAAAAAACGUCGACAAAUCUUGUGUUUUCUGCUUUUUAGUGUGACUAUUUUCACCAUUUGGGUGAAAAGGACUCUUUCCUAGUCUGGCCUCCACUUGAACAAAUCUGUGGAACAUGAUGGAUCUUUUCAGAACAUGUCUUUCUCCAUUGCACAUGAUAACAUGGACUUUUUGAUACUGUCCACAUUUCCCAUCUCAAGAAAAAAACAUCACCCUUUUUAAUGGGAUUCUUUAAAAGAUACAGCCAGCUUGCUACAACUUUAAAAACAAAAAUUCCUCUGAAUAAAUACCCCUGUUUUGCCCUGCAUUUCUCUCUUGAUUCAUAGACAUAACAGAACAAAAAGAGAGAAUUAUGGAAUUCUUUCAUCACGACAAAACACUCCUACUAUCAGAAUUGUUGACUAUCUGCGUGAUAGUUGUGGUUUCAUCUCUAGGUCCAAUCUAUACACCUCCAGACGUCGAGCGAUUAACUGAUCGUUUCAGUAGAUUACCCGUUAAUCAGAAAUAUAAUGCGUUUUUCGGAAGUGCUAAUGUCCGUUUAACAAAUAAUGGAUCAAGCGCUGAUCUUAUCUUAGACAAAUCUUCAGGUUCUGGACUGGUGUCAAGGGACAAAUACUAUUAUGGUUUCUUCAAUGCUGCUCUAAAACUGCCUGCUAAUUUUACAUCAGGAGUUGUAGUUGCUUUUUAUCUUUCUAAUCAAAAUAUUUUCCCAAAAAACCAUGACGAACUUGAUUUUGAAUUGCUUGGAUAUGAGAAGAGAAGGAGUUGGGUUUUACAGACCAAUCUUUAUGGUAAUGGAAGUGUUGGCUCAGGGAGAGAAGAGAAGUUCUACCUCUGGUUUGACCCAACACAAGAUUUCCAUGAGUACACCAUCCUCUGGAACAAGCAUCACAUAGUAUUUCUAGUGGACAAUGUACCAAUAAGAGAGGUAGUCCAUAAUACUGCAAUCUCUUCUGUUUACCCAUCAAAGCCAAUGUCUAUUUUUGCAACAAUAUGGGAUGGAUCAGAAUGGGCAACACAUGGAGGCAAAUACCCAGUAAAUUAUACUUACGCCCCAUUUGUAACAUCAUUAAAAGGAGUAGAAUUAGAAGGGUGUGUAAGCCAGCAAAAUGAUACUUCAUGUACUAAUAAGAGAAGCACAUCAAGUUUGGAUCCUGUUGAUGGAGAAGAAUUUGUGAAGUUGUCACAACAGCAAAUGAUAGGGUUGGAAUGGGCAAGGAGGAAGCAUAUGUUUUACUCGUAUUGCCAAGAUACUAAGAGAUACAAAGUCCUACCACCAGAAUGCACUGCUAAUUAAUAUGUAACAUAUGGUUGGUCUUAUUUUUUGUUCCUAACGUAUUCAAAGAAUUGAUACUUUAGAAGAUAAUAAUGUAAUAAGAGUGUAUACAUUGUUCGUGUAAGGAUUUUUUUAGAGCACCAGUCGCUUGAAGGACAUUUAUAGGUGAGCUUAAAAUAUGAGUUCUGUAAUCCUGAAAAUAGGUUACCCAAUUGGAAAAGAUGUUGAUGAGUAAAGGCUUAAUACCUAGAUAGCCCCUUAAAAUUGGCAUGUUUUGUAAGAUAGACAUUCAAACUUAGCUAGUGACCAGAUAGAUACUUAAACUUGACAAAAAUGUGUCUUUUAAACACCUUUGUAUAUAAGAUCAAGUGUGUGAAACACACAUGCUUCGAAUGUGUUUGAUAGACCAAUUAUAAAAUGACACUUGUAAUUUAUUUUUUUCUAAUUAGUAUAACUAAAACAUAAACUAAAGUACAAUAUGAAAAAAGAAAUACAACCCCACCCAUCCCAAGAUCAUCCCCUCCAUUUUCCCAUCCCCUAGACCGUUAAUCCAUUUCUCAAACCAGAGGCCUACUUCACUUCUUAAUUAUGGUGUCUUUUUUCAUGUCUUAAUUUUUAGCUCUAUUCUUGAUUAAUUUUAUUUUUCUGAAUUUGGAUUUUUUCUUUAAACAAGUCAUUCCCGGCAGAGUAACUUUUCUGAUGCAAACCCAAUUGCAAAAAAUCGGAUAAAAUUUUAGUGAUGGUGGAGACGGAAUGAGUGGGUUUGAAGAUUUUUUGUGCAGAGGAGAGGACAGAAUCAAAGGAAUUCAAUGGUAAUGGCAUUUUUCUACUAAUUUAGACUGGAAUGACCAUCUCUUUCGGUUAUAUGCUCACAGGAGAUGUGAAGAAGAUAGACGGAAAUUUGAUCUUCAUUUUGUCUAGCUUCGUUUUCGGGAGACGAGUUCAUGUCGGAGUAUCCAUUUUUGGAGAUUGUUGAAUUUUUAAGGUUUUUUUUCAGAUAAAACAAAAAAAAAAAGUUAAGAAAAGCAUACUCACGCUCGUAAAGUUGUUUGUGAAGCACGUGAUUUGCCACAUGUGACUCUUGUGUUUAAAAGACAUCAUUAGCGAAGUUUGAGUGUCUAUCUUACAAAACAUGU